AUGCACAUCGCAUCUAGACAGGCCCUAUCACGCAUCUCAAGCAAGAAAGAUCUGGCGAGUGCUCAUGGCCAACCCAACCGCAGAGUCACCUGCUCGUGCGAUUGGUGGCAAGAACGACUACACAUCCUGCCUAGUACGGCCUUCAAGGGCCAGGAUCGCGUCUCGUCAUGGACAUCUGUCUGGAGGAAAGAUGAAACAAGGGCACACGGUCGGAAAGCUUGGUCCUUUGCACACAGGGACUGCACUGCCUCUGUCGGUGACUCUUUAAAGAUCCCCAUUGGUUAUACGACUCCUCGUUGCUCACAAACAUAG